AUGUCUCAAACCCAAAUACAUGUAUCAGCCCUGCUGGUUUUGGUUUUAGUUGGAAUGAUAUCUAGGCAAGUAACUACCUCCUGCGGCAAUCCAGGCACACCAUUAGGUGCUGAAAAGAAAACACCGCCACUAGCACUUGCACCACAUCCAAUUUUAGCACCACCUCAUCCACCAAUGCCACCAGCAAGACCAUUUGGUGGUCAUCAUCUUAUGAAUAAUGGAGUGGCAUCCCAACCACCAGUUCACAAUCAGACUGUCACUGGGAAUAUUACAGUUGAUGGUGGCGGUAAAUCGGCAACGAGUUAUUACUCAUACUUUGCAAACAUACAAAUUACGGCUCAAGGUGAGGGUAUUGGGGAAGGUAUCUGGGAGGUUGCCGGGGGUAUUGGCGAAGGUAUCGGGGAGGUUGCUGGGGGUAUUGGUGAUGGUGUCGGUUCGGCUGGUUCUGGCAUUAGUGAUGGUGUCGGUUCGGCUGGUUAUGGCGUGGGUAAAGGUAUUGGUUCGGCUGUUGGUGGGCCUUAA